AACGGUCUUAACAUCGGCGUGUUCGCCCGUAUGGGUCUGAACGAGAGCGUCAACAUCUCGCUCUUCAUGCUCAGCAUAUCAGACUUCGCGUUCACCUUCUGCAACCUCAACACCAUCAUUAUGCUUAAGCUUUCGUCAUCCGGAGGGCUGUAUUACGUCGACCCACUGUCCUUGGUGCUCCUGAUGGUUCCUUUCAACAGGCUGUUCUUUGACCUGUCGAACAUGGUCACGUGUUUUAUCGCUGUCGCGCGCUGCUGCUGCGUCGCAAUGCCGCUGACAUUCAGGCUCACAUUUACAAAAACGAAAUCUUUCGCCAUUAUCGGGGUUAUCUACCUUGGUUUUAUAUCAGAGUACAUGCCCUUGUUUUUAACCCAGACUUUAGGCCAGAGUUAUAAUUCUCGGAGCAAUAUAACCCAGCUGGUUAUCAGAUUUGCACCUGACCGGGACGCGUUGGUUAAAAUAAUAACCGACAGUAUCAAUAGAAACGCAAUUCUCAUUAUCACUUUCGUUGUGUCUCUCGUCUGUCUCAUCAUCAUCACCAACAGCUUACGGCAGUCUUCGAAAUUCAGGCUAUCUCUGAGGUCAACUCAAGUGAUUGACGCCAAGAACGAUAGAAAGCAAGGUCGGAAAACCCGAGGGGACAAAUCGAGUCUCACAGCUUCUGAUUUGCAGGUAGUCAAAGGCGUAUCUCUGGUUCUGUUAAAAUCGGUUACCUGCAACCUGCCCCUGAUUUGUAUUGCCUACAGCAGGCUGGCCUUGCCCGAGCUCAGUGUUGGGAAGGCGCUGAACAACUUGUACUUUCUUGUGGGAAACAUCAGCAGCUUUGUGAUAGCGUUGAAUACAUCAAUCAACUGCGUUGUGUACUACAACUUCAACACUCGUUACAGGCAGACGGUCAAGUCUUUUUUU